AUGAACGGUCUCGAGCUGUCUCCGAGUUGUGAAUUAUUACCCUGCUGCACCGAUGGGGGGUCAUUGUUGAGCAUCAAGGCCCCUCCAGUCAGCGGGGUCAGGGUUCAGCUGGAGAUGCAGGCGCUGUGGCACCAGUUUGACCAGCUGGGCACCGAGAUGAUCGUCACGAAAUCUGGAAGGAGGAUGUUUCCAACGUUUCAGGUGAGAAUCUCUGGGAUGGAGCCUGCUGCUGAAUAUGUUCUGCUCAUGGAUUUUAUCCCCGUUGACGACAAACGAUACAGGUAUGCGUUCCACAGCUCCUCCUGGUUGGUGGCAGGGCGGGCAGAUGUGGCAGCUCCGAGCAGGAUGCACUUUCACCCAGACUCACCAGCUCCUGGAGCCCAGUGGAUGAAGCAGACGGUGUCGUUCGACACGCUCAAGCUCACCAACAAUCUGCUGGACGACAACGGACAUAUGAUUCUGAACUCUAUGCAUCGCUAUCAGCCACGCUUCCACGUGGUGUAUGUGGACCCAGCGCCCAACAGCCAUUUGAACGCCUACAAGAACUUCUGCUCCUUCUCCUUCCCUGAGACGCAGUUCAUGGCCGUUACCGCCUAUCAGAACCACAGGAUCACUCAACUAAAAAUUGCAAGCAACCCAUUUGCUAAAGGCUUCAGGACUACAGACCCACAGGGAUGGACAAAGAAGUCCAGCUCCGAUGCCAGAGGAGCAGCGUGA